AUGGCCGCCAAGCUCAAUAUCACGAUUGCGCCGCUCAACUACGCCGACAUUGAUGCCUGCGCCACCAUCUCGCGCGAUUCAUUUGCUAUAGACCCACAUACUAUUGUCAAGCAGCUUGGCCGCGAUGGAUACGACAUGUACGGCAUGGCUCGCCGGGGCUACCUCGCCAACCUCGAGCGCAGGAACAUGGUUUUUGUCAAGGCCGUCGACGUCGACACAGGCGCUGUUGUCGGCUACGGAGGCUGGGUCUUCCCGCACGUCAAGAAGGAGCUAGUUCCCUGGAUCGGCCCGUCAGACGAAAAGUCAAAGGAGGAAGUAGAAGAGCAAAAGCAGACCGACGACAAGGCAGCGCACAGAUCAGAGGAACCCAAGCGGGAGCCGGACGCCAUCGACAGGUUGCACGCCAUGGAGGACGAGGACAUGCAGUACUUCCAGCACAAGCUCAUCCCGGCCGGCGAGCCGUGCAUGAUCGUCAUGGGCCUCGUCGUCGCACCGGCUCACCAGUCGCGCGGCGUCGGCAGCGCCCUCCUGCGGCACGGAAAUGCCAUCGCGGACCGGCUUGGGGUGCCCGUCUGGGUUCAUUCUUCCCAUCAGGCGGUGGAGGCCUACGGCAAGGGAGGUUUCGAGCCCGUACGCACGCUGGAUGUCGACCUGGACGAGUACGCGCCGCGACCGCCCAGGGAUGACGAGCCCGUCAUGGGCGACAAGGGCAGCGGCAAAUGGGGACACUACGUAAUCCAGUACAUGAAGCGAGAGUCUAGAAAGAGGCCAGUAGGAGAGAAAGCGGUACCCGAAAGGGGAGCCUAG